UUGAAAUUUCCAUAGCGGAGUUGAACGCGUUACGUGCACAGAGACGGCGGACGUUUUUCAGUGGAGCCGCUAAGGUCAGACACGCAGUCGCAGCCCCUAAAAAUAUCGUCGGCGUCGAGCGGCCGUUACACAAUCGUCUCCUCCAAGGAGGGCCGGAGGCUCCAAAACAACGCGAGUCUUCAAGCUUUGGCGUUGCCACGGAAACCAGAUCAAGCAUGGGCGAAAGAGACGCGAGCGCGACGCCGAGCUGCUACGAGCUGGACAAGAUCCUCAACCGGGGCUGCGCGGCGUACGCGCCUUGCGACCAAGUGUGGCCUCGAGUCUACAUCGGCGACGAGGCGACGGCAAAGGACAAGCCGAAACUGAAGAAGUUGGGAAUCACGCACAUCCUGAACGCGGCAGAGGGCACGUGGAACAACGUGGACACCGGCGCCGGUUACUACGACGACAUGGCCGCGGUGUACCACGGCGUGGUGGCUUCGGACACGCCCUCGUUUGACCUCGGCCAGUACUUUUUCAGCGCCGCCGACUUCAUCGCAACGGCGCUGGCCGACCCGAACAACAAACUGCUGGUGCACUGCGUGAUGGGCAGGAGCCGCUCGGCCUCGCUCUUCCUGGCCUACCUGAUGAUCGGCGAGGGCAUGACGCUGGCCGACGCCGCCGAGCACGUCAAGACGCGCCGCAGGAUCCUGCCCAACUGGGGCUUCCUCAAGCAGCUGAGGGAGCUGGACGCGCAGCUGCUGGAACGGAGGCGGGACGGUCCGCAUGGGGGGGACUAAAGAAGAAAAAAAAAAAUAAUAAUAAUAAUUUCGUUAUUAGGCCCCUGACAACUCCAGUCCACUGCGAGCGCUUGAAGGGCUGCAAUUUCAUCUAUUCUGAUGAUUUAUGCGGCAGUCAUUUCCUAUUCUGAGUAAUCGUUUUUACAGAAGUUGGGGCAAUUUGGAUCAAAAUGGAAAAAAAAAAAAAAAAAAAUCAAAGUGAGCAAUUAUUACCUUUCUGUUAAAAGGCUGCAUCCCGGUCAGCAUCUUCUUGGUUCCCUGACAGAAAAGAAAUAAAGUGUACAAUUUGUUAGUGCAACAGUGGUCUAAAUGCAACGUCCAAGUAUUUGUGAAAAUGCGGCUUACUUUCUUUGUGGGUUGUUCCCGGUUUCGGGACUCGUCAAUCUCGGAAAUGGCCCAAAAUCAAUCAACCAAAGUGCCGAAUGCAAUAAAGCAAUUGCAGCUAAACCUCGAUUUGGACCAGUACUCAUUCAUUUUCCCCCCAAAUUCAUUUCAGAGCAUGCAGUGACUUUUGAAAAAGAUCCAAAAUGAAAAGCUUUCAAAAGGCAUUCUGCAAAAUAUUAAUGGAAUUGACACACACACACACGGUUCGGGAGUGUACAAAUGGGGAGAUCCGCUGGCAUAUUUGGACAGAAAUCAGUCUGCUUUAUUAAACAGAAAGCUGCCUCAAGGAGAUCUGUUACAAAAAGACUUAUACAUACGUAGAGCAAUAAAUCCUCUCAAAGCGCAACAAAAAAACUGGACUAAAAGUUUACGUGGUUUUUUUUUUUUUUCGUUUAUAUUAUUAGCAUUAACAAAAUAUAAUUUCAUUUUUCACCUAAUAAAAGGCCCGGUAGCUUGAAAAUGGCUUGCUAUUUGUUAAGCAC